GGGCGCAGGGCCGGUGAGAGAGACACAGAGGAAGAGAGGAGCCUCUGCUUGUGUUGCUAUUAUUUUGAAUCUCUCAUCAUUUCUCCCAAACCUUAAGCCUCAAGAGUCUAGUUUACCAAAGUGGCCUGGAAAAUAUGGCAACUCCUGAGCUCUACACCAAGGGAGCGAAUGUGUGGGUGCCUGAUCCUGAAGAAGUGUGGGUGUGUGCACAGUUACAGCAGAACUACAGGCCUGGAGACCAGCAACUCCUACUGCUGCUCAGUGAUGGCAGAAAGGUGCAGUACCCAGUGGCGCCCCCUGUUGGUCUCCCUCCUCUGGGGAACCCCGACAUUCUGGAAGGAGAAAAUGACUUGACGGCCCUCAGUUUUCUCCAUGAACCUGCAGUGCUCCACAACCUCCGUGUGCGCUUCCUCCACUACAACAGCAUCUACACCUACUGUGGGAUUGUUCUAGUGGCUCUAAACCCAUAUGAGGAGCUGCCCAUCUAUGGAGAGGAGGUGAUUGAUGCGUACAGUGGGCAGGACAUGGCUGAUAUGGAUCCUCAUAUUUUUUCACUAGCUGAGGAUGCAUACCGCACCAUGAUCAGGGAGGAGAAGAACCAAUCCAUUAUCAUCAGUGGCGAAUCUGGCUCUGGCAAAACCGUCUCUGCAAAGUUCACUAUGCGCUAUUUUGCUGUGGUUGGAGGAGCAGCCCAGCAGACCAGUGUGGAGGAGAAGGUCUUGGCAUCUAACCCUAUCAUGGAGUCUAUUGGAAAUGCCAAAACUAUUCGCAAUGAUAACAGCAGCAGGUUUGGGAAAUACAUUGAGAUUGGCUUUGGAUCUAAAGGAGAUAUAAUUGGAGCAAACAUGAGAACCUACCUGUUGGAGAAAUCCAGAGUUGUUUUUCAGGCACCAGAGGAGAGAAACUAUCACGUCUUCUAUCAGCUUUGUGCCUCCAGAGAUCUACCAGAAAUGAGGGGACUCAAACUUAAUUCUGCAGAGGAUUUUCGAUACACUAACCAAGGAAUGGACAUAAACAUUCCAGGCACGGAUGAUGCCAUGGAGCUGGAGCACACUCGAAAUGCAUUGACUAUUUUGGGAGUUCAGCCUGACCAGCAGAUGGAGCUCUUUCGGAUACUGGCAGCUGUCCUGCAUCUUGGAAAUGUGAACAUCCAAGCCAGUGGGAGAGGAGGUGACCGCAGCUACAUCAAUGGAGAUGACCGCUCCUUGGUGGUCUUCUCUAAACUGAUGGGGGUGGAGGGCUCUCAGAUGGCCCACUGGCUGUGUCAUCAGCGGUUAGCUGUGGGUGGUGAGAUGCUGGUGAAGCCCAUGUCAGGCCAGCAGGCUAACGAGGCACGGGACGCUCUGGCUAAACACAUUUAUGGGCAGUUGUUCGCCUGGAUUGUCCAGAGGCUGAACUCAGCUCUUCGGGCCCAAAGAGAGCAGUCCAAGACCUUUAUAGGAGUGUUGGACAUCUACGGAUUUGAGACCUUUGACAGAAACAGUUUUGAGCAAUUCUGCAUCAAUUAUGCCAAUGAGAAGCUUCAGCAGCAGUUCAACAGGCAUGUAUUCCAGUUGGAACAGGAAGAGUAUGUGCGAGAGGAGCUGCCCUGGAACCGUAUUGAGUUUAGUGAUAACCAGCCUUGCAUCACCCUCAUAGAGGGCUCUCUGGGCCUGUUGGACCUGCUGGAUGAGGAGUGCCGAGUUCCUAAAGGCUCUGAUGAAAACUGGGCACGGAAACUGUACGAGCAGCACCUGAACCAGAGCCCCAAUUUCCGCAAGCCACGCAUGUCCAACUCAGCCUUCAUCGUACUUCAUUUUGCUGACAUGGUCCAGUAUGAAUGUGAUGGCUUUUUAGAUAAGAACCGUGACACAAUAUUCGAAGAGCCCAUUAAUAUAAUGAGAGCCAGUCAGUCAGAACUGGUUGCAGAGUUGUUCCAGCAGAAGCCUGUUGGAGGCUCUCUCUCUGUCUCCUCUGUGCCUAAUGGGGGUGUACGCUCGGGGAAAAGAGCCCACCGUGAGCACAAACUGACUGUGGGCUUCCAGUUCCGCCAGUCCCUGCACCUCCUGAUGGGCACGCUCAACAGCACCACUCCACACUACGUCCGCUGCAUCAAACCCAACGACCUUAAACAGCCUUUCCUGUUUGAUCCUAAGAGAGCAGUGCAGCAGUUGCGAGCUUGUGGCGUGUUGGAGACAAUCCGCAUCAGUGCUGCAGGCUACCCAUCCAGGUGGACGUAUGAGGAGUUUUUUGGACGCUACAGAGUUCUCCUUCAUGGCUCAUCUGCUCAGGAUGAACUGCAGGUGUCCUGUCAGAAGGCGAUCCCUAACCUCAUCCCGGACCCUGAGCAGUACUGCUUUGGCAAGACGAAGGUGUUCUUCCGGGCGGGGCAGGUGGCUGUGCUGGAGAAGCUGAGGGCUGAGAGGCUGUGGUCGGCCGGAGUGCUGAUCCAGAGCUGGGUGAGAGGCUGGAUCCAGCGCCGGAGGUACCUGCAGCUGCGCCGGUCUACUUUAACGUUGCAAAGAUACACCCGUGGAGCACUGGCCCGCAGGUUGGCGUGGACCCUGCGGUACACGCGGGCUGCUCUGAUCAUUCAGAAGACGUACCGUAUGGUGAUGGUGCGGCAGCUCUAUCUUGCCAUCCGAGAGGCCACCAUCACCAUCCAGGCCUUUGCCAGGGGGAUGCAGGCCCGCCGCACAUACAGACUGCUGCUGGAGGAGCGGGCGGCGGUGCGUGUGCAGGCGUGGGUGCGUUGCUGGCUGACCCGCCGCUGGUUCAGGCGCAUCAGGGCUGCGGUGGUGCUGCUGCAGUGCUGUGUGCGCAGGAGGGCGGCGCGGAUGGAACUGCGCAGGCUGAGGGCUGAGGCUCGAUCUGUAGAGAGGUACAGAGAGCUAAACAAGGGCAUGGAGGUCAAACUCAUGCAGCUGCAGCUUCGUGCUGACCAGCAGGCCAAAGAGAGUGCGUCUCUUCGGGAAGCUCUGCACACGGAGCGCGAGUCUCACAGCUCUGAACUGGAGCAGCUCCGCUCGGCCCUACUCAAACUGCAGAAGCAGCUGCAGGAACAGAGCCACGCUGCUCCCUCUGUUACAGCCCAGCAGGAGGAGGAGAGGCAGAAAGCUGAGGAAAGAGCAGCCCAGGAGAUCCAGCGCCUCACACAGGAGAUAGAGGCUCUGAGAAUGGAGAGAGACUCCUUGGAAAAGGAGAGGGAUGAUCUCAACACUCGUUUAUGGCAGCAAGAAAAAUCUCAAGAAGAGAGCAGACAGCAGACUGAGGUACAGGCUGCAGCAGUGGUACAGGCCGAGCUCGAGGAAGAGAGGAGGAGGUAUCAGGGCCUGCUGAGGGAGUUCACUCGUCUAGAGCAGAGAUAUGACAACUUGAGGGACAUGAGUAUGCUCCCUACUGCUGAGCGUUGGCGUGGGCACAGGCGGACGGACUCCACUCAGAGUUUGUCUCUGGAGCCUCCAUCUCCCAUCUCUCCAUCCUUUAGCGGUCCUCCUGACUUCUCCUCGGCUGAAGAGGGCAGGAGGAUCAGUGUCACCUCUCCUUUCGAUAGGAGGCCUUGGAGCCCUGAGCAGCCUCUGAAUGCCUUAAUGGAGGAUCUGGGUGUGCCAAAGGACACAGCAGGGAAGAUGCAAGGAGAAGACCUUCGACACGCUUACGAUGCCGUCCGAGUGGCCAACAAGUUUCUGGAGAGGCAGCUGUUAGCUCAGAGAGCUGAGGGGGAGCAGGAGAAAGCUGCUCUCAUGCUGCAGCUCCAGGAGGCCCAGGCUAGAGAUGCUCCGGCCAGCAAAGAGCUGAAGGAUCUAAUGGAGCAGAUGGAGGUUCGGGAACAGGAGUGCUGCAGGCUGAGGAGGGAACUGAAGGAGCUGAAACACACAGUGACACUCAGAAAAAUUCUCUCUUAUGCAGGCCUGGCCGUGUCUGUGUCUCAGGAGCCCAUGUCUCCCUCCACACAGUUGAGUCCAGCACUGACUGGACUACUGGAAUGUAGGAAGAAAGACGAGAGCAGGCUCAUGAAAAACCUGAUUACAGAUGUUCGAGCUGAAGUAGCUCUCUCUCUGACUCCGGGCCUGGCAGCACAGCUUCUCUUCCUGUGUGUGCGGCAGGCAGACGUCAGCAGGGAUCACACUCGUGCUCGAGGCCUGUGCGUCGCUGCAUUGGCAGCCUUCAAAACAGCCCUAAAGAAACACAGUGGUGAUUUGGACAUGACGGCUCUGUGGCUGAAGAACGCCUGCGUGCUCAAAGACGUGCUCACCAAGCACUCACCCACACAGGUCCUAGCUGCUGGGGAGGUGGUAGGUGGAGGUGAGGAGGUGCUCCCUCUGCAGGUGGAGCUGAGGGAGCAGGUGCGGGUGCUCGGUGACGUGUGUAUUCAGGCCUACCAGCAGCUGCUCGCCAUCUCUGAGAGCCACCUACAGCCCAUCAUCGUUCCAGCCGUGUUAGAGAGUGAGACCAUCCCAGGCCUGUCCGGAGCUGUGGUAAAGCUGGUUGGCUCUCGUAAGCGCGCAGGCUCUGACCCGCGCCCAGCGGUCUCUGGGGAGGUGGCCAGCAUGGCAGCUGUGCUGAGGGAGUUUGGGGCUCUGCACACUGCGCUGGAGCGGCAGGAUCUGCCUGCGGCCCUGCUGGAACAGGCCUUCAGGCAGCUCGCACACCUGCUGGCUGCAAGCACUCUUAACAGCCUGCUGCUGCGCAAGGACAUGUGCUGCUGGAACCGCGGCCUGCAGAUCCGAUACAAUGUAAGCUUGCUAGAGGAGUGGCUGCGGAGCCGAGGCCUGUGGACAGGAGGUGCUGCGGCCGCUCUGGAGCCCCUUAUCCAGGCAGCCCAGCUUCUGCAAAUGAGCAAAAAGACAGAGGUGGAUGGACAAGCCAUAGUACAAACCUGCAAUGUCCUGUCAAGCCAGCAGAUAGUGAAGAUUUUGACACAGUACACGCCACAGAGUGAUCUUGAGGAGAGAGUAACGCUCAAUUUUAUUCGUAUCGUUCAGGGGCUGCUGAAGGGACGCUCUGAUGGGCACCCUCCUCAGUUGCUGCUGGACGUUAGGAGGGUCUUCCCUGUUACUUUCCCGUACCUGCCGCCCCCACUGGUCAGUGCUGAGCAGUUGGAAAUCCCAGAGUCUCUCAAGAUCUCUUUUCUCCGCAAAGUGUGAAGGAUGGCAGUCCCAUAGUGACCCUGGACCCCUUUGUAACUAACAGGCACCUUUUUCAAAGCACCAAAACUUUAUUAUUUUUAUGCAUGUUUAUAGCUGAUCCAUGAAUUUGUCUGGGUUGAACUUUAUUACUAAUAAUGCUAUGUUGUUGGGAUGUAUAUUACAAUACUGAGAAUGCUGGAGACAUUUUUACAGACCAUGCUGAGAGUUUCUAUAUAUACAAUAUAAAAAACAAUGAUCAUUUAGAUUUAUUUUAUUUUUGUGUGAUCAGUGUCUGUGUUUAGGUGUUUACAUGAAUCAAAGAUGAAAUGAAAAAGAAAAAAAAUUAUUUUAUAGCCAUUUAUUUAGUAUUCAUAACCAUUUAAGUAGAAACACAGCAAAAAUGCUAUUAGUUUCACCUUCAUCCCCAUUUAAGAACAAUCAUAUUUAGAAAAACA